AUGGCCCCGGUACUGCCCUCGUCUUUGAGCCCGCACGUUUGUGUAUUGUCGUCGCCCGACCUUGAUGAAACUUUAGCGUCUUCGUCCUUGCCACCUCUGCCCCAAAUAUUACAGUCAUUCUCACCCCUACCCAACGGUAGUUAUCCCCCAGACUCGUCCAUUGCCUUCCAACCCACUGAAACUACCUCUUCGAUAGUGACCACACGGACUACCUCGCUAACGAAAGUCCCGCAUGCCUCAUUUGCGCUGCGGUUCUCGGACCUGGCCGACAUCGAAGCGGCGUGCAAGGAGGACGAGGCGGAGCGCGCCGUGCGCACCAUAGACUGGAUCAGCGCCCGGAUCAGUAAGCAGUGCUCGAAGUGGGUCGAAGAUGCGGAGGCGUUGAGCGAUGCUAGCAAUGCCAGGACGCCGUGGUGGGACGACGUGAAGAGGUGUGCGGAGGGGGACCAUGUCCCAAAUAGAAUGGAAGGAUGGAACCACCCAGUCUCCGUGAUCCUCGCUGCGUCAACCAAUGCGCCGAACCCCCUCCAGGCGAUCACGAAUCUCCAUGCCCGGCAUCUCGAAUUCCCCCCCUGGGUCGACACUAAUAUUAUCCGGUAUACCCUGAUAGUGCACCCCCAGAACUCCUCGCUCACUGACGAAGAAGCAGCAGCGUUGUUUAACGCGGUGAAGAAACAGUAUGGACUUGAGGUUUAUUUACUUUCGCUGGAGCUUCCGAAACCCCCGCCGCCUGCUGUACCUGUUCCAGCCCUGCUACCCCGCCUGCCGCCGCCGCAUCUACCUAGUUCGCCGAAUUCAACGUCCAGAUCGGCGCCUUUCGCUUACCAUGGCGGGCCAAAUACAUUGCGUCUGGGCGAGAAGGAUAUAUCUCAGACUGCCAAGUUCAUGAAGGACUUCGUUGUCGCAAGCCUAGUCCCGUUCAUGGAGAAAUGCGUGCAAGAUUGGAAUGAAUCCGUACGUAGCCCAAAAUUCACUUUUCAUCUAACCGGCGACUCCCAUCGCGAUUAUUCUCAUCUACGCGACGGCUGUUUGGAUCUCCCUCCCCUUCACCCGCGCCCACCCAUAACACUACCUCUUCCGUCUCUUCACUCCCCGGCAGAUCUAACACGUACAACGGCUCGACUAACGGCACGUUGGGCUCCUCGGGAUUUCAAACUUGCAGUGAAUGUUUGGGAGUCCUUGCGGAAAGAAGGCAAAGGGGGAUCGGAUGUUCUGCCGCUAUUGUUAUCGCCUUCGCCUGCCAUACAACUGCAUGCCUCUCAUGCGUUAUCAGUGCUUUGCCCACUCGAUGCGGAACCACCAGUGCACGCACAAGUCAGAGCACUGGCCUACGCCGUGCGAUGGGAAACUGGAAUUGGCAGUCCCGACUUCUUCGACAACAUCCUGGAAGGCGAGCGGUGGCUCAUAUGGGCUGCGGGUCUUUCAGAAGAGCCGCACUCUGCGCUACUGCUGGCGCAUGCUGCGUUCUUGAGCUAUAGGAAGCAGGCGAAAAGACGGGCGGCACUGUGGUAUGUGUAUGCUGCGAAUAGGCUGGAGAAAUGUGGCAUCAAACCGCUGACUAUGUAUUUUCUUCGCCGGGCGCACGAUAUGUAUGCGAGUCCUCUCCCAAAAUCCCUGUCCCCCGCCUUUUGGGAGUCGGAAGGGAAAGACCCCGCCAAUCGGGAACGACCUGUAUCGAUUAUGGCGGGCAUCGAGCAUCCAUUGGGUCGUUUGAUGUAUACGACCGGCGAGAUUCAUGCUGCUGUCAAGUAUUUCCUGGGCCUCCUCAGUGGGACACGUUCCUUGAGGAUCGCACCUGCUGCACCACCACCGGGACCGACUGAGGAGCCGAAAGCACCAAGUAUCGAUAAGGUCUUCCUCGACGAUUUCAGGGUCGCUUUUGCACAUUAUAAAACGGUAUCCGGGGAUAAUCUAGAGCUCGACGAUCUCCUCCCGCCGUUCAAGCUUGUGCGUCCGAGGGAGACAAAGUUGCGGUUACCGAGAGACAGCUCGGCUGAAGAGGAUAGUGUGUGGGAGAAGAGGGAGCAAGAUUGGACGGCGUUUCAGCGGGAACAGGGAACGAAGAGCGUGCUGGCUAAAAACCAGAAGGUCACCGUAAAUGAGACCUUCUGGGUGGAUGUGGUCAUUGAGAACCCACUGGAUGCUGAGAUCAGCCUUUCGAACCUCUCGAUAACUGCGCAAGAUUCAGCGAACCAGGACUCAUCGAACCACAUCGAGGCUGAAGUCGUCACAGAGAUUAUCUUAGCUCCCUUGGAGAAUCAGACAAUACCUAUCGCGCUCAAGUCAUCUCAACCCACUUCGGUGACAAUAACGCAUGUUACGUACGACUUCCUGGGCCUGCUCCCCGUCAUUGAGCCGCUGGCCUACCGAGGUCGGCGGCUUCACGACACACAGGCGCAGCGUAUCACCCCUACCUACGCGCCUGACGUACAGCUCAAAGUCAAUGUCGCUGAAGCCAGUCAUAAGCUGUUCAUCAAUUUCGUCGAUGACAGCCGUUUGGUUCUCUCACAGGGCGAGCGGAAGACGAUGAGCUUGUGGUUCUCUAAUACGGGAUCGACGCCGGUCGACGAGAUAUGGGUGGUUGCAUCGCCGGAUGAUGAGUUGAUAUUUGAAGGUGUCGAGACGGGUGUUGAAGAAGAUGCAGACGGCUGUCUGCGAUCGUUAAACUCCAUAACAUCCCAGCAGCCCCGUCGCAUACGUCUUCCGAACCAUCCAUCUCUACAACCAGGAGACAGCGCGUCAAUAUCUGUCCUUCUCCAUGCAGACGGCGUUGGCGAACAGGAGUUGUGUCUCCUGUUUGUGUACCGAAACGAGUCGGACGGUGUGUUCCAUCCAGUACGCGUAACACGCAGUUACGCGGUCACUCCUUCGUUUGAGGUAUCUGCUGCAGCGGAACCUUCGCAAACUCUGGACCAUCUCUACCGCUUAAACCUCGAAUUGCACAAUAGUACUUCGUCGACGUCCUUCGCCAUCACACAGAUACUAGCUAUUAGCCCCACCUGGGAAUGCGCAGCGUCUUGGGAUGAAGAGAUGGGUUCUGUACCCCCGCUACAAUCAGCCAAUCUCACUUUGCAAGCGAAGCCUUGGGCGAAUUCUACAGGUGUCCAAGAUACCUAUGAGUUUGUUUCGCAGAGAUUAGCAGAAGUGCUUCUUGGUCGUACUCUUUCACCAAGUACCCCUCCUCCUAUUGACCUCCUGUGUAGUCAUGUGAACGAGAAGGCCCUACUCAGCGUCAAAGACGAUGCCGCGACAAUGCACUUCAUCCACAGUGGCCGGAGAAAAGCCAUCUCGCGCUCCAUUGCUUCAUCUUUUCCCCACAUUCUAUCUCAGUCCCAUUCAUCUAUAUUCCCGCUAUACGAUCCAGCAGCCGUAGACUUUCUCGUCUUCUGGAGGAUAGACUCGCAAGACCGCUCGGGGCAUAUAUACGUUCCAGGCGCUACGCUUGGCGCUGGGCAUGCGUCUUUGAAAGAAAUCAUUGAGACGGCUGAAUCGGCGAAAGCCACUCGAAGCAUGUACGCUGAGACACGGAGGGAGAAACAAGAGCUGCUGGAUUCGAUACGUCAGAGUAGUUGGAACGCGGAGAUGGAUCCACUUGUCGUCACUCUGCCUGAAAACGUGGUCAUUGAACACGAUUUCAGCUCGUCCUCAUACUCCGCGCCGGUGACGUUUACCAUCAGGAAUUACUCUCUGUCUCGCGCUUCCAGAUAUGUGCUGAAGCUCGUCUCCGACUCCUCGAAAUUCGAAACCCGUAUGCCACCGCCUUAUUACGGUCGAAUGACAUUUCGAGGCACUCUGCAACCAACGGAACAGCGUUCCGUACAAGCAAGAGUGUGUAUUUCCAGGCCAGGGACGUACUCUCUGGGAGGCUGGCAUCUCGAAACCGAGGUCCUCGAGCUGGAAAACUCUGAUACCCCACCACGGGUCCGUCAUCAAUACCUACAGGAAUGCCCGGCGACCUAUGGCCCUUGUAUAACCGUUUCUGAUACAAGUUGA